AUUUCAGCUGACGAUGAACGACUUCAGCGUGCACCGGAUCAUCGGUCGAGGCGGUUUCGGCGAGGUGUACGGCUGCCGGAAGGCCGACACCGGCAAGAUGUACGCCAUGAAGUGUCUAGACAAGAAGCGAAUCAAAAUGAAGCAGGGCGAAACGUUGGCGCUGAACGAGAGGACGAUGCUUUCGCUAGUCAGCACCGGGGUCGACUGCCCGUUCAUCGUGUGCAUGACGUAUGCAUUUCACACCCCCGACAAGCUGUGCUUCAUCCUGGAUCUGAUGAACGGAGGCGAUCUGCACUACCACCUCUCCCAGCAUGGCGUAUUUAAUGAGUCCGAUAUGAAGUUUUAUGCAGCGGAAGUCAUUCUCGGGCUGGAGCACAUGCACAAGCGGUUCAUCGUGUAUCGGGACUUGAAACCGGCCAACAUUCUACUGGACGAGAAUGGACACGUGAGGAUUUCCGAUCUGGGGUUGGCUUGUGAUUUUAGCAAAAAGAAACCGCACGCCUCGGUUGGGACACAUGGCUACAUGGCACCGGAAGUGCUCUCCAAGGGUACCCCGUACGAUUCCAGUGCCGAUUGGUUCAGUUUCGGGUGCAUGCUUUACAAACUGCUGAAGGGCCAUUCGCCCUUCCGGCAGCACAAAACCAAGGACAAACACGAAAUCGACCGGAUGACGUUGACGAUGAACGUCGAACUACCGGAAUCGUUUAGCAAAGAACUGAGAGACUUGCUGGAAGGACUGCUACAACGGGACAUAGACAAACGAUUAGGCUGUAAAGGGGGAGGGGCGGACGAGGUCAAAGCGCAUCCAUUCUUCACCGGUAUCGACUGGAAUCAGGUGUACUACCAGAAGUACACCCCACCUCUGAUACCGCCCCGGGGGGAAGUUAACGCCGCGGACGCCUUCGAUAUCGGUUCGUUCGACGAAGAGGACACCAAAGGUAUCAAACUGACUGAACAGGAUCAAGAGCUUUACAAGUACUUCCCGCUGACCAUCUCGGAAAGAUGGCAGCAGGAGGUGGCAGAAACAGUAUUCGAAACCGUCAACCUGGAGGCGGAUCGGGUGGAGCAAAAGCGAAAGGCGAAGCAGAAGCAGCGGUUCGACGCGGACGAGAAGGACUCGGACUGCAUACUGCACGGGUAUCUCAAGAAGUACAGCGGUUCGUUUGCGUCGGUGUGGCAGACGCGGUACGCAAAGCUUUAUCCAAAUAGGCUAGAACUACACACGGAAAGUAGCAGCACGAAGCCGGACCUGGUGUUUAUGGACCAGAUCGAGGAGAUCGCGCCGGACUACAUACAGUUCAAGAACGAACAGUGCAUACAGAUCAAGUUCCGAGAUGGCAUUCGGGACGGACGACUGAUACUGACGAUGGCGGACGAAAUCGGCCUCAAGGAGUGGUCUCUCUCGUUGCGCGGCGCCCACAAGGAAAGCCAGGAGCUGCUCGGGUCGAUGGCCAAGAAGGCCGGCAAAAUCUACGGCACCGAGCGGGACGCCUCCAAAGCAAACGUACUGAUCUCGUCGUCUACCACUUCCUAUUCCAACGCCAGUGCCACAACCAAUGCCGCCAGCGGUGGCCAACGGAAUGCCAACGGGUCGUCCAACUAGCGGUUACUGUUGCGAUCUCGGUCCUGUUUCAUAGAACCGAGUCGUCUGAAGGAACCUCUGCUGAAGAUGAAGUGCAAGGACACCUAAGCGGCGUCGUUUCGGUUUCUUCUUUCGGUUCUGUGUAGGCUUUUAGUUAGUCGUUUGUAUUUCGAAUUCGCUGUGGAGUAUUUAUGAAAGCAUUUUUCGUGUGUUUCUUCUAUUUUAACAAUUUGGUUGGGGCAACCUGGGGCGUAAGAAAAACGGGUUCAAUCGAAACGCAUUGGCUUAGAAAAAGUGCGAGGAAUGCGCGAGAGUGUGAGCAAGAGUGAUGAAAUUCUAAAGGAAGUCAUGAGAAAAUCGAAGCGAAAGGCAACUGUUUUUCGCUGACAGUGAUAUGAACAAAGUGUGAAGCAAACAGUGAAUAUUUUAAUCGGUAGGAGUUACAAUUAUACAAAAAACAAAAGCACACAUACAUACAGAUACAGCCAAUAGAAGCGAAGGGACACGGGUUGGCUGUCCGAGCAUUUUUCCGGGGCUGACUUUGGUGGUUUUGUUUUGUUUGGAAACGGAAGCAAAGCAGGCGGUGACGUUCCAGUGGAACGAAUUCAUGGCUUACUUUGUUUUCGAUUCCGGUGGCGUCAAACGAUUGUUUUUGUUGUAAUUUAAUUGUUUUGAGUAUUAAUUUUGUUGAUAUUUAUGUUUGUAGUAACGAUGCAAAGUCAGUAUUGGACAGUCAAGCAACACAAAUUAUAGCAAAAAUAAUUCCUAGGGUUAGCGAAUAAAUGUGUCAAUUUAGUAUUGUACUUCUUUACAUCGGAAGAAGCAAAUCAUCAAAGUAAUAAAUAGCGGUGUUUAUACAACUGUGACAACCGGAGGAACUAGAAGGAAGAAAACAAUAAUAAUGAACAAAAAUUAACCUAAAAUUACUAGGGUACGAUAAGCGAAGGAAUGGCGCCCAGCUAUUUAUAGAUAUAAUGUGAAAAUAACAAAAAAAAGGGAGAAGCAUUCUAGGCGUAACUAUCCUAAAAUAUUGAUAGAACAAUCACAGCAGUCAUGUGGCAUGUUGUUGAGCCGUGCGUCAUCCAUGUGACACAGUCAAAGAUAGUCGUUUUUUCGGUUUCCUUUUUUGUUGUCGAUAGUUUUCCCUGUAGCAAUUUAGAGGGGGAAACAAUGUUCAACCAUUAAUGUCAAUCCAAAUUUUUCACCCGAAAUAGUACUAGUGAAUACAAAACAGAAUGGUAUGUGUUACUACUAGGGACUACUACUAUUGACUUCAACUAAAACUGUUGAAUAUAUUUGUAUAGCAAUCUUAGAAUCCCUGUGAGGAGAACACAAACAAUACUAAGCCUUUUAUAUGUCUGUCUGUAUGUGUGUGGAGUAUAUUAUAUUAAAAAGAAAUUAAGCGUAACUGUUUAGGAGAACCAAAACAACUGUUAAGCCAAAAAAUAACAAUCUCUAUGGUUAAAAACAAUAAUGAGUAUCAACUGAUUUUCCAUCUCGUUGGAUUUCCUCAAUCAUUAGAUAAUCUAUUUUUGUCAUUCAUCUCUAGUGAAAUUUCCAUAAUCUUUGCUAAGUUUACUUCAGUUAACCGUACCGAACAAUGACAAUAGCAAACCCAAUUUCUGAUCAAUCAUAGUAACCCGGUUUUCCAGUAGACUGAGAUCUCCGUUUCAUAUACAGUACUUUGAGAAACGAACACAAACACAUUUAUACACAAGUAAACGUAGUACUCUUCCUCUCAUCAAUUACAAGCAACAGUCAGAACAAAUUAGGUAACUAGUAGAAGCGCACGAACAAUCGUUCUAUUUGGCACUUGAAAUAAAACAAUGAUCAAUACUAUGUCAUCACCAUUCGAUCGCCAUCGUUUACUAACUGCUGUCUGGCUAACCUACAAAGUAAAACAUAAUAUCUGAAAAUCAACAAACACAAAAUUUCUUGGAAGACACGAAAAGAAAGCAUUCAUCUUAGUUAUAGUUAGGCAAAUGACCUCUCCCUGUUCGAAAAGUAAAGCCCGAU